AUGACAGGACGACGACGCGCGGCUGCGCGUCCUCGAGGCCGUGUCCGCGGCCGUCAUCUCACGGCGAGGGGCCAACACUCGCUUUGUUCAAGAUGGACAUAUGUUAUGGAUAUUCACAAAAAUGUACUUCUGAUGUUUGAGAGCCUGCACUCCUCAGAAGGGAUGGACUCGCAGUCAGGAUCCUCUUCACAGCAAGUUGGUAACCCUGCAGAGCAAGUUGGCAGUCCACUGUACGGAAGUGAAUAG